GGGCGUUGAGAAUUUUCCGAGAAAUGCCAAAGGCAAACUGCUAUGACUGAGCCGAAAAAUGAAGCAUUCGCUCUGUACCUCGACUAUUGACGCAAUACUACAAUGCGGAAAUGGGAAAACUUUUGGAAUGACUGGGGAAGCAUCGUAAAAUGCAGAGUACACUCGCGUGUAGGAUGUAAAGGUACCAGAUACCAAUCCUCUCGGGACGUGAAGUUGCACGCAUAGUACUGGAAAUACUUCUGAACGUGGUGAAUGAGGCACCAUAGAGCCUUCCAGAAUCUCUUAAAAUCCAGCUGAUGAACUCGAAACCAAAAUGGAUGCCAUAUUUAAUUUCAAGGUUUCUUACAAUUUAUUCCAAGAAAAGAGGGGAUGACAACUUACGUAUAAGACUGCCGAAAAUUAAUUGAAAAUAUCAUUAUCAGCGUAGCAAUGAGAGUCCACAUAGUUCUGGCUGCUUUGGCAGUUGUCUUCAUGAGCCAUGCUGAUGCAGCUGCCCUUGAUCGCCUCAUCACUAGAACCCAAGGUUUUAUCUCCGAUUCUAAACGCAGUAUUGCAAAUAGCAUUAAUACUAUGACCAAUGAUCACGACCAGAGAGUUAAAAAAGUUGGCGAGACGGCGAUCGCUACUCUUCAAAAACUUACACCUACUAUCACGGCUGCUGAAAAACAGGGAAAAAAUGUAGCCAAAUGCGUGGCACCACUGCUUUUAAAUAACAGAGAGGCUCUAACCAAAGCUGUGGAAGGACUCAACUCGUGCAUCUCUGAUAAUAUCAUUCAGUAUGAUGAAAUAAAUGAUAAACUCAAUGAGUUCGAACAGCAAGGAAAACAAUUUCAAGCACGACUUGCAGCUAUUGAUAAAGAAUGUAAAAAUAAGGAUUGGCCAUGGAUAUGUAGUGAUGUGCGCGUAACCCGACUUGAAGGAUACGUUAAAUCGUGGAAAACUCACGCAGAAAUACUGAAACGGUCUGAAACCAGGAAGAUUGAUGCAGCGAACAAAGCGAUUAAAACAUGCAGCACUCCAGUACUUAGUACGUUCAACACCGCCUCAAACAUUGUCACUAUCCAGGCACGACGAUGCAUCGCUUCUCUACCGAUAGCACCGACCACUACUACUACGGUACCCACCAUGAUCUCCAACACCCCAACGACUGGUGGAUCUACGGCAGGAACUGCGACUACUCAGUCCUCUAGCACCACAACUGUGGCAUCUACAACUCAAUCUGCGUCUACCGCAGCACCAGAUUCUACUGUUGCACCUGAUGACUCCACAGCAUCGGAGGCUAGUACACCAUCUACUACUACAACAGUAGCAUCUACGGCUGCACCUAUUACUACCGCGGCAACAGAAACUACUGUUGCACCUGCUGAAACCGCAGCAUCAGCGGCUAGUACGUCAUCUACUACUACAACAGUAGCAUCUACGGCUGCACCUAUUACUACCGCGGCAACAGAAACUACGGUUGCACCUGCUGAAACCGCAGCAUCAGCGGCUAGUACGUCAUCUACUACUACAACAGUAGCAUCGACGGCUGCACCUGUUACUACCGCGGCGACAGAAACUACCGUUGCACCUGCUGAAACCGCAGCAUCAGCGGCUAGUACGUCAUCUACUUCUACAACAGUAGCAUCUACGGCUGCACCUGUUACUACCGCGGCGACAGAAACUACCGUUGCACCUGCUGAAACCGCAGCAUCAGAAGCUAGUACGCCAUCUACCACUACAACUGAAGCAUCUACGGCUGAACCUAUUACUACUGCAGAAGCAGAAACUACUGUCAUACCUGCUGAGACCGUAGCACCGGCGGAAGCUGCAUAAACCUAGCAUCACACCUGUGGCAUCCACAUCUCAACGUACAACGCAGCACGGGAAGCUUCUGCUGCACCUGCAGCCAUCAAUCCUUGAAUAACUAGGAUAUCUAUCCUCCUAUCGUUCCGAUGUUUUUUCCAUUUGUCUGUUUUACUCUUGUAUCCCGAUAGGGGAACAUUCUAUUCGUUGAUUCGGAAUUUUUCAAAUAUAUGUAUUGAUACAUGCGUUUUUCGACCGUUGGUUGACGUUGGGUCACGAAAUAAUUUUGGAGACAAAUUCUGUUUCAGCAGCUCUUGAAAAUACAUUGAGUAUAUUCACUAUCCACUAUCUACCUUAACUUUUCCCCCCUCAUACUAUUCAAUAGGUUGUAGUAUAUUCAAGUCAUUUCAAUACGGCUUAAUUUGAAUCAGUUUUAAUCCGAAUAAAACCAUGUAUCUU